ACAGCUCAGGCCGCCCCGCAGCCGGGGAGGAGCAGGCCGGCCACCGCCCGGGUGUGGCCCCUGCGCGCCGCGCGGGGCGGGGGCGCAGAGGGGACCGCGGCGCGGGGCGGGGCGAGCAGGGCCUGCGCGGGGAGGGACGCGCAGACGCCCGGUCCCCGCCCGCCACCGCAGUCGCCCCCGCCCCGGUGCGCCUGGGUCUGCGUCCACCAGGCACUAGGAGCGGCCACGGGCGGCGGCGCGACGGUCCCCGCCAUGACUGCAGCCAUGAGGCAGAGGUUCGACCGGUUCCUGCACGAGAAGAACUGCAUGACUGACCUCCUGGCCAAGCUCGAGGCCAAAACCGGCGUGAACCGGAGCUUCAUCGCGCUCGGUGUCAUCGGACUGGUGGCCUUGUACCUGGUGUUUGGUUAUGGAGCCUCCCUCCUCUGCAACCUGAUAGGAUUUGGCUACCCAGCCUACAUCUCAAUUAAAGCCAUAGAGAGUCCCAACAAAGAAGAUGAUACCCAGUGGCUGACCUACUGGGUAGUGUACGGCGUGUUCAGCAUUGCUGAAUUCUUCUCUGAUCUCUUCCUGUCCUGGUUCCCUUUCUACUACAUGCUCAAGUGCGGCUUCCUGCUGUGGUGCAUGGCCCCGAGCCCUUCCAACGGCGCAGAACUGCUGUAUAAGCGUGUCAUCCGUCCUUUCUUCCUGAAGCAUGAGUCCCAGCUGGACAGUGUGGUUAAGGACCUGAAAGACAAAGCCAAAGAGACUGCAGACGCCAUCACUAAAGAAGCCAAGAAAGCUACGGUGAAUCUACUGGGUGAAGAAAAGAAAAGUACCUAAGCACAGACUGGACGAAUCCUUUCGGUAUUUUCCCAUUAGAGCUUGAUGUUGUAUUAGAGACUGUGGUAUCAUCAUUCAAAUAAUGUUGCCUUGGAAACAUUUUUGAUGUUUUAAAAAAUGGAAUGUGUUAAGUUUGUUUGCUUACUUUUACUGCCUAUAUACAUAAAAGCAUUUUAGGCAUUUAAGGCAGUGGACAGUGUCCAAAUUUCUGGAAAAUAUAUUUUGCCUCUGGGUAGGAAAAGAUGUUACCAUCCUGCAGGAAAUAUAAACUUAAAAUUACAUAUCCCACAGGCUGUAUACUUUAUGGGGCUCACUCUGCAUGCAUUUUCUCUGUGCUUAUAAUAUUUAGGAUAAUCUUUAUGGUUCUACUUCAUGUAAUGUACAAUUUUAUAUAAUUCUUAAAUGUUUUUAAUGUAUUUGUGCACUAUAUAUAGGAAAAUGUUACUGUCUUGACUGUAACGUGUAAUGCUUAUAAGGAAGGUUGUAUAUGCUAUUCAUAACUUCUAUACAAUAAGACCACCUGCCAAAAGCUGAAGUACCAUUGUGUUGAUGUGAUCUGCUAAAUAAUAAGUUAAGAAAAUUAAUAUAAAUGAUUAGUAUUAAAUUAGCCAGGCAUGGUGGUACUUGCCUAUAUAGUCCCAGCUACUCAAGAGGCUAAGGCAGGAGGGUUGCUUGAACUCCAGAGCUGGAGGUUGCAGUGAGCUAUAAUGAUGCCAGUGCACUCCAGCCAGGGUGACAAAGCAAGAUACUGUCUUUAAGUGAAUAAAUAUUAGCAUUCAAAUGAACAAAGUAAGAAAUUAUGCUGAAUAGAGAUUGGCCUGGUUGUUUUCUUAAUAUUGUAGCACCUGAAUACCAGGACAGCUUUGUAACCACUUAGUGUAUCACUCUAGUGAUAAAUGAGAUUUACCCUCAUAUCAGUGAUCUAUAGCUACCUUCCCCAUUCCCUCUAGGACCAGUAAUACUGUCUCAUCUGCUUAAAAGCUUUAGAUUUGUCUUUAAGAUGCAAAGUGGAAACCAUUCCUGGUUUUAGCUUCAAAGCUGGUACCUGUUGUUUUAAUCUUGUUUCUUUCCCACCUUCUUUUUAAGACCAGUUUAAGGAACCUCCAAAGACAUGCCCACCUCUGAUUACAUAUGUUCUUGUUAAUAUCAUUAGGGACAGUAUGCUAAUGAUGACACCUAGCUCUAAGAGCACUUCUGAGAGAAUGACAAGUAUGAUAUAACCUGUUUAAGUUGGUAGCAGCUAAGCCAAACUGCUUUCACCUUUUCCUCUGGCCUUUAAAGUCAAAUACAAGCGGCCUCCCUUGCUUACAAACCAGAAUCAUUUGUAGUCCAUCUAAAUGCCUUCAUCUUUAUUUCGAUAAACUGCGUAUGACCGAUAAUUUAAGAACAGAACAAUAAAAAUUAAAAUGACUGUCACCUUGAUUGGUUAAAUAGCUCAUAAGGUCUUGACAACUUGUCUGGACCAGAAAAUCUGGCUUUACACCAUAUGGCUAGAAUGCUUCUGAGUUCAAUUAAACUAGACUAAAACAAAUAUAUAACAAAACUAGUAAGAUUAAAUAUCAAGGCAGUAAAAUAUUUUUUAAGGUAAAGAUGAUUAGCUCACCUUUAGAAAACAAUCAGGAAAGAUCACAAUGUCUCACUGAUAUUAAAAAAACUAAAGCUCAGUGCCAGUAGCUCAAUGGUUAAGGUGCCAGCCACAUACACUGGGGCUGGUGGGUUUGAACCUGGCUUGGGCCUGCUAAACAAAGACAACUACAACAGAAAAAUAAUCAGGUAUUGUAGUGGGCGCCUGUAGUUCCAGCUACUUGGGAGGCUGAGUCAAAAGAAUCACUUAAGCCCAACAGUUUCAGGUUACUGUGAGCUAUAACGCCAGGGCCCUCUACUGAGGGCAACAUAGUGAGACUCUGUCUCAAAAAAAAAAAAAAAAAAAAAAAGAAACAAAAAAACAAACAAACCUAAAGAUAUCAAAAAUAAGGAACAGUAUCACUAAAAUAAUAUAGAUAAAUGCAAUUUUUUUCUAGGAAAAAUAGUGCUAAUUAUUGUGUAUCUUAUUAAAGAAAAAAAAGCCUUUUUAGAAAGCAAAUAAUUGUUGAGAGAAAAAACAAGCUUUAGAUAUUUUUAAAAAGUAUCUCUAGGAGUUAUUUCAGACCAGGCACAGUGGCUCGAGACUGUAAUCCCAGCACUGUGGGAGGCCCAGGCUGGUGCAUUGCCUGAGCUCAGGAGUUUGAGACUAGCCUGAGCAAGAGUGAGACCCAUCUCUAAAAAUAGCCAGGCACCUAUAGUCCCAGCUAUAGGUAGGCUGAGGCAAGAGUUAAAGGUUGCUGUGAGCUAUGACGCCACGGCACUCUACCCAGGGCGACAGAAUGAGAUUCUGUCUCAAGAAAGAAAAAAAAGUAUCUCUAGGAGUAUUUCAAUCCCUUUCCCAUAAAUAAAAGUACACUUUUCCUGUUGGCAGAAAAAUGAGAAUUAGCUACUUCUACCAUACAAAAUAUAUAGUCAGAAUGCUAGUAUACAGACUAUAUUAUCAGAUAAGACAGGAGGCAUGAAAGUUACUAUUGCUCAUAAUUACAGGCUAACACCCACUUAAAAACUGCAGUAAAAUACGCAGUACAUUCUGAAUGCAAUUUUUUUUAACAUCUUGGUACCACAGCUUUCUCCUUUAAUUCAUUGCACAAGAAAUUUAAGUUACUGUUUUUACAGUUGAGGUGUAAAUGUUAAUGGUAAGAGAAGUUGAACAAUUCUGUCUCAUUUUUUCCCCAAAUAAAAUACUGCCAUGGCUGGAGUAUUUGAAGAACUAAUUGAGUCUGUUUGGCUAGAAGACAGACGUUUGUUUUUUCGUAUAUAAAUCUCAAGGGUGUGUAAAUUAGUUUCAGAAUUUCUAUCAAACAGUUUAAAUUCUUCAAAACCAAGGAAAAAUUUCCUAUAGCAGUUACUCACUUACUUGAAGGCUUUAAUCAUUCAGAUCAACAAAUUCACUGCUACUCUGGGGAAGAGUCUUCUCCCCACAGCCUAAGGAAUGCUCAUAGCCUUUAAAUAAUCACUUAUCCUGAGGAUGUGAUGUAUUGAAUGGAAAUGGAUGUAAAUAAAAUUCAGAUCUCAUCUGUUA